AAGGACCACGAUCACUUGGAGUAGUUGCAGCACUUAAGAAGGACCAAAAACAACGACUAAUUCUCUUCUCUAAGGAACAUUAUCAAUCAGUGAAGCAGAGCAUGUCACCCAUGGUUCAACGCAUGGUUACAUUCGUGCCAAUUUCUCAAAUCGGACUUCCACGACCCAUCAUCAAGCUCAAGGUUCCCCCACCAUCACUCACCGAAUUCCACCUCUUCAACAACCUGCCCACUGAGCUCCAACACCGAAUUUGGGAGUUCUCUGUCCCCAACUCUCGCACCGUCUGCCUGACAGCCCCCAAGAGCCGUCCCGGCCUCGAGUUCUUCCAGCCCAAAAACCCACCACCAGGAAUUCUACAAGUCUGCCCACAGGCCCGAGCCAUAGCUCUCCGCACCUUGCAGCCAGCAUUCGAGAACACCACACUCCUUCGGGGAGCCUGUACCUUCUUCAAUUUCGAAAUCGACGUCUUGCGCCUCUCCAGCGGCGGUAGCGUCGAGACCGCAAAAGCCGUGGCAUGCGCCAAGACCCCCUCGAUCGUCCGAGACAGAGAGCGUGUUCGCCAUCUUGAAAUACCCUUCCAUAUUGGACAACGUAUGCGUCAGUACAACUCGAUUGCCGCACUCAUCGUCCUCGCUCCACAGCGUGGGUGGCCUGCCCUCAAGACUCUGACAUUCCCUGGGUGUCCCGCGAAUUGCCAUAAUGAUCCCCAGGAGACGUAUAGGAUGCCUAUUAUUAUGGUAGAGAAGAAGAAUGCGACGGUUGAGGGGCUGAUGGAGCAUAUCAAGCGAGAAUUUCGGGAUGUUUGGGCGGAGUUCAAGAAUAAGAUGGAGGUGAUGCCGGAUUGUGGGUUGAAGGUUGUUUAUUUGGACGAUGAGGAUACGGAGUAGGUGCUCGGGAUCGAAGACUGACAGCUCUUUCUUCUCUCGGAAGUGGAAUUAUUAUGGAUUUGCAGCACUCGCUGUACAGUGGGAGGGCAUUGGUGAUUUGAAAGGCAAGGCAAGGCAUUUUCUUUUUUAGAACGAAGGAGUUGGUUUUCAGCGCUUACUGCCUGUAAGAUAGGAGCGCAUUUAUGAUUGAAAGGCAUGGGAUUUUCUCCUUUAGAAUGAAGGCGGUGGCUUAC